AUGUUACGCGGCAGCUCCACAGUCAUCCUAAGUUUCCUCCUCCUCCUCACCACCGUCGCAAUCGCUCUCGCCUCGGACAGAGAUGACGACAACAUGUGCGUGUUCACGGUUUACAUACGAACCGGUACGGUUUGGAAAGCCGGUACAGACUCCGUAAUGAGCCUCCGUCUUUACGACAGUUACGGCCAAGAUGCAGUUAUCUCCGAUUUGGUUACGUGGGGAGGUUUAAUGGGUCCGUUUCAUGACUAUUUCGAGAGGGGUAAUCUCGACAUUUUCACCGGGUUGGGUUCUUGUCUCUCGGGUCCGGUCUGUGCGAUGAAUCUGACAUCUGACGGCUCCGGCGGUCAUCACGGUUGGUAUUGUAACUACGUGGAAGUGACGAUGAGUGAGAGUCGUCGGAGAAGUUGUUCUCAGGAGAAGUUCGAGGUUGAGCAAUGGUUAGCUCGUGACACGUCGCCGUAUGAGCUGUCCGCGAUUAGGAAUCAUUGCUCCGACUUUGUCAAGAAUCGUCGAGUUGUUCUUCCCACGAUGUGA